AUGGCGGACCAGAUCAAAGCCUCGCUGGAAACCUGCGGUAUUCUCAAAGAUGGUUUGCCGGCCAAAAACAACAAGCUGGCGAACCACCUCUGGCCCAAGGUUGAAGCCUUGCUGAUUCGCAUUGCCGACGCAAGAGCUGCCCAGGGUGACUUUUAG